CUCUUUGCAAGCCAAUUUUGCAUUUCCUCUUUCGACUUCCAGCCCUGAACAAAUGAGCGACCCUGCAGACAUUGGAAAGUACCAGCAGUAUCUGGACAAGGACAUUGCAUCGCGGGAGCAAGCGCUAUCGCAGUAUACAAAGUUCAAAGCCGAAUACCACCAGCUGCAGCGCACGCUCCGCGAGCUGCCCCAAGAGACACGCUACCCGGCCAUGAUUCCAGCCGGCCCGCUGGCGUUUUUCCCGGGCUCGUUGGUGCACACCAACGAGAUCCUGGUUUUGUUGGGCGACAACUAUUUUGUCGAACGGUCGGCCAUGCAAGCGGCGAUGAUUGCCAAGCGGCGCGAGGAAUUUGUCAUCACCAAGAUCAAGGAGACCGAAAAGGAGAUCCGGCAGCUGAACAAGCGCAAAAACAUGGGGGUCAGGGACGAGCUGGAGGAGGCGCAGUUCAAUGAAGACGGGGAGCGUUUUGUUGAUAUUAAGGAGGAAGUUACCGACGAGCAUCUGCGGGAGACGCUGAUUGAGGAGAUUGAGGAGAUUGACGAACAGCAGCAGAAGGCGCUGCAGGGUGUCAGGGAGCGUGCUAUGAAGCAGACCAAGGCUGACCGCAACAAGGUGGGCAAAGAUGAACAGCGGCUGCUUGAUCUACUCGACCAGUUUGAUUCAGACGAGGACGACGACGAGGACGAGGAGGAGGCUGAGGACGAGGAGGCUGAGGAAGAAGUUGAUGGCGAUGAGGAUGGCGAUGCGUUUUCUGACGAGGAUCGCAUGAACGCAGCACAAGACGACGAUGAUGACGACUUUAACGAUCCGAUCCGCCCCCCUGUUCACUCGGACAGCGAUGACAGUGAUGGCGACGACAACGACGACUUUAGAAUGAACAUUGUCGAGAGGUUCAGUGGCCCGCCAUCUAACACCGAGCCAAGUGCGCCCAGAAAGAGCAUUCUUAAGCCGCGCACACCCGCUGGCCCCGACGUGAAACCAUCGGUGGUCAAAAUGGCCCAACAAGGCAAAUCGGUCAAAUUCGAUAGCACAGUGGUGGCUCAUGUGCCGACCAGCACCGAUCUCCUGGGCAUCGGCGACGAAGACGAUGAAGGAGAGGUUAAGAAGGUGUCGGCGGGAUGCGAAUCUGGUACACCCACGCCCAAAAUCCAGGUCAUCGACGAGGAAAGGCCCCAGCUCAAGUUCGUUCCGAAUACUGCCAAGGCGCGGCCACCCAAGGCCUCGCGGCCCGUCAAAUCGGCGAUUGUCGAGCGCGAAGAGGUGGCGGAGGUGACGGAGGACAUGGCGGGCAAGUUGGACGAUGCUGCGACCGUUGCGGAGAAGGUGCUGGAGAACACGCCAGGCAUCCGAUUUGCUGACAGAAAGCAGGCACCGAAAGACCCAGUGUCAGCGGUGGAGCGUGAUCCAAAGCCGCCAGCGGUUAUCCACCAGGACCGGCCUCCGACAGCACCGGUGCCAGAGGCGCCAAAGAAGAUGUCGAGGUUCAAGGCGCGCAGGAUGGGGCUGGAGCAGGAUUAGAUGUGUUUAAACAUGCGGAAUAUAAAGUACUACAAG